ACGGCGCCUGCGCGGUGGGCGUGAUCCGGGCACUUAGGGCAGGAUGAACGCUGCUUUCCAAGAUGGCGACGGAGGGAGGAGGGAAGGAGAUGAACGAGAUUAAGACCCAAUUCACCACCCGGGAAGGUCUGUACAAGCUGCUGCCGCACUCGGAGUACAGCCGGCCCAACCGGGUGCCCUUCAACUCGCAGGGAUCCAACCCUGUCCGCGUCUCCUUCGUAAACCUCAACGACCAGUCUGGCAACGGCGACCGCCUCUGCUUCAAUGUGGGCCGGGAGCUCUACUUCUAUAUCUACAAGGGGGUCCGCAAGGCUGCUGACUUGAGUAAGCCAAUAGAUAAGAGGAUAUACAAAGGGACCCAGCCCACCUGCCAUGACUUCAACCACCUCACGGCCACCGCCGAGAGCGUCUCCCUCCUGGUGGGCUUUUCCGCAGGCCAAGUCCAGCUCAUAGACCCAAUCAAGAAAGAAACCAGCAAGCUAUUUAAUGAGGAAAGACUAAUAGACAAGUCACGCGUAACCUGUGUCAGAUGGGUUCCCGGCUCGGAAAGCCUUUUCCUAGUAGCCCACUCGAGUGGGAGCAUGUACUUGUAUAACGUGGAGCACACUUGUGGCACCACAGCCCCCCACUACCAGCUCCUGAAGCAGGGGGAGAGCUUUGCUGUGCACACUUGCAAGAGCAAAUCCACGAGGAACCCUCUCCUUAAGUGGACGGUGGGCGAGGGGGCCCUCAACGAGUUUGCUUUCUCCCCAGAUGGCAAGUUCUUAGCGUGUGUGAGCCAGGACGGGUUUCUGCGUGUGUUCAACUUUGACUCAGUGGAGCUACACGGUACAAUGAAAAGCUACUUUGGGGGCUUGCUUUGUGUGUGCUGGAGCCCAGAUGGCAAGUACAUUGUGACAGGUGGAGAGGACGACUUGGUGACAGUCUGGUCCUUUCUAGACUGCCGAGUAAUAGCUAGAGGCCAUGGGCACAAAUCAUGGGUCAGUGUUGUAGCAUUUGAUCCCUAUACUACUAGCGUAGAAGAAAGCGACCCUAUGGAGUUUAGUGGCAGUGACGAGGACUUCCAGGACCUUCUUCAUUUUGGCAGAGAUCGAGCGAACAGUACACAGUCUAGACUAUCCAAACGGAACUCUACAGACAGCCGCCCUGUAAGUGUCACGUAUCGGUUUGGUUCAGUGGGCCAGGAUACGCAGCUGUGUUUAUGGGACCUUACAGAAGACAUCCUUUUCCCUCACCAGCCCCUCUCAAGAGCAAGGACACACACAAACGUUAUGAAUGCCACAAGUCCACCUGCCGGAAGCAAUGGCAACAGUGUCACUACACCUGGGAACUCUGUGCCCCCUCCAUUGCCACGGUCCAAUAGCCUUCCACAUUCAGCAGUCUCCAAUGCUGGUAGCAAAAGCAGCGUCAUGGACGGGGCCAUUGCCUCUGGGGUCAGCAAGUUUGCAACUCUGUCGCUACAUGACCGGAAGGAGAGACACCACGAGAAAGACCAUAAACGAAACCAUAGUAUGGGACACAUUUCCAGCAAGAGCAGUGACAAACUGAACCUAGUUACUAAAGCCAAAACGGACCCAGCUAAAACUCUGGGGACAUCCCUGUGUCCUCGGAUGGAAGAUGUUCCCUUGUUAGAGCCACUGAUCUGUAAAAAGAUAGCUCAUGAAAGACUGACGGUAUUGGUUUUUCUUGAAGACUGUAUAGUCACUGCUUGUCAGGAGGGAUUUAUUUGCACAUGGGCAAGGCCUGGUAAAGUGCCGGCAGAGCAGUUCUGCAGGCAGGAGGACAGAGUGCAAGGUGUUCUCCAAGACCAGAACUAAAGGGCUUGUUGUCAUCCCCAAACCAGGCCAGUUCUCCAGGUGGGACUGUAGUGUAGCAGCUGACUGCUGCUCCCAGGCUCCCCCGGACACGAGUGGACUGAGGGAGUGACAGACGACAACGGAGCCAAGAGCUGCGCUGGAGCCACAGGCAGGCGGCAGGCGGCAGCGGCCUGCAGGGCUGUGCGGAGCUGCUAAACCCAAAGAGUUGUUGCCAUUUCUAAGUCGGUCUGUUGGGGGUGCAGUAAAAACUGAGAAAUGGAGGCUUCUUGCUUUUUACUCAAAACUCAGUGUAACUAAAUCCAUACAUAUAAUAUAUAUAUAUACAUAUAUACAUAGUGUAAAGUGUUUCCUGAACAGGAAACCUUAAAUCGAGCUGUUCUAAAUAGCACUUGGCUCUGGUUUUGCACUGAUGUGUUUUAUACUUCAGGUGGUCAUUGGACAGCCUGGGAUGCACUCAUGGAGACAGUUGUCACCUUCUGACUUAAGCACGUGCUGCAGACAAGACAGAUGCUGCAAUCAUAGACCUAAAAAAUUGUUUGCACUUAAAAUAGUUUAAUGCUAAUAGAGAAUGACUUUGAAUAUGGGGGUGGCGGACUCCCGGCCUCCACAGUAUGGAGUGGAGACUCCCCUUUUUAUCUGUUAACAUUUAUUUUAGUACUGUUGUUUCCAAUGCAAUCAAGUCUGUAUUCUAUGUGUAAAUAAUGUAAUUCUGAAAUGGGGGAUAGUCACUCCCACUAGUAAUUUUCAUCAUUUAAGAGUGAUAUUUCUAAUUCACAAAAACAUUAAUAUUAAAAUUAUCUUGAAUAUA